AAUGGUUGGAGUGGAGAUUAAUUAGAAGUAGCUAGGAUGGGGAAGAUGAGCAUAAUUAGUGUGGUGGCUCUGGUUAUAGUUGUGAGCAUGCAGGUGGGUGUUGGUGAUAGCCGUUUGACAAGGGAGAUGGGUUUGGGUGCAACGGAGACGUGUGAGCCGACGUAUGGGUUCUUGCCAUGCUCGAGCAAUGCGUGGGGGCUGUUCUUCCUGGUCAUCAUCUUCGAAAUCCUGAUAACCUUGGGCAGCCAAUACGUUGGCGAUGGAUCGGACCUCUUCUUCCAAACCAUCGGACCGGGCAUACUUGGCGCCAGUGUGUUUCAGUUUCUUGGCACAAUCCCUCAGAUUGUCAUGGUUCUUUCAACGGUGCUUUCGGGAACAAAAGAGGCUGCUCAAGAAAGGGCCGCUCUUGGGAUGGGAUUGGUUGCUGGAUCAACCGUUUUGAUUCUGACUUUCAUAUGGGGCGUUUCCAUUAUCCUUGCUAGCUAUGAUCUCUCAGAAGCUCCCACUCUCGACAAAUCGGGAAGCCAGAAAACCACACCACAAGGUUAUGGUGUUGUAACAGAUGUCGAAACGAGCUACACUGCACGGAUAAUGCUGAUACCCUUGCUUCCAUUUCUCAUCCUUCUGCUAGCACAGGCUUUCAGUUCAUCAUCAGUGAAGAGAGUAUUUCUUCUCAUUGCACUCAUUGUCUCAGUUUUGUUGCUUGUCGGCUUCAUUUUGUAUCAGGCAUUCCAGCCUUGGAUUCAGUCUCGUAGAUUCGAGUACUUGAUGAGCAAAUAUGCAAAGGACAAGCUGCUCAGACUCUUGUCCAGGAACGGCAGGCCUGAUACUCGAAAAAUACAAGACCUGUUUAACCAAAUCGACAAGGACAGAAGCACGUCUGUAUCAGCAGCAGAACUCAGAGUGCUUCUCUUGGGUGUGAGGCUGGAUGAAGAUGACUUGAGCACAGACAGGGAUGUUGAGAAUGUGUUGGAGUCUUUUGAUACCACCGCAGAUGGACGUAUCAACCAGGAAGAGUUCAUCGCAGGCAUGACCAAAUUACUCGAUGAUCUGGCUGAGGAGAGGCGAAACCGCAUCAAAGGAAGUAGAGCCACCAAUUCUCAGGUAAGUGAUCCAUCACAACAGGGCUUGUUAGUUAACAGCAACAGCUCGAACGUAAGCAAAAGCCAAAGUUCUCAAACCACUUGGCUGAACUAUCUGCAAGCUCUUUCCUUGGUGAUUUUUGGGAUUGCAUUGAUGUCUGCUUUCGCAGAGCCACUGAUCACCAGUGUCGUGGGUUUCGCCACAGCAGCAAGUCUGCCUAAUUUCUCUGUCUCAUACUUGGCCAUACCCUUAGCUACCAACUACCGAGUUGCAGUUCAAGCAUUUGCUUCAUCCGGAAACAAGUCACAGAACUCCAUUUCUUUGACACUCUCUACACUUUACAGUAGCGUGUACAUGAACAACGUGGUGAGCUUGAUUGUGUUCCUUGCACCAGUUUAUGCUCUUAAUCUGUCCGUGGAUGUCUUUGCAGAAGUAUUGGUAGUUAUCACGAUGAACACUGUGAUGACGGCUCUGACAGGCUUCCGCACCUCAUUCCCUAGCUGGUUGGGUUAUGUCGUUGUGAUGUUAUACCCGGUUUCUCUGGCAUUAACCUAUGUUCUUACUUAUGUUCUAGGAUGGCCUUAGAAAGACUGUGGUUAUAAUUAUUUGUGUAAGAUAUACUCCAUGUGUUUACUUUUAGUUUUGAUGUGAGUAAAUUUCUUCACUGUAAUAAUAAUUAGUGUAAUUAAGUAGAAAACAUUCUACAUUUGAUAUGCACUGGCUGCCAUCAGUUAUAUGCUAA